AUGACUGCUUCCAUCGCGGAUAACGGUGAUGUCUUGUGUCCUGACUGGAUCUACUCCUAUUCCUCCAACGUCCACGUCACCAAUAACAAGGCUUGGUUCACAUCGUACCAACCCUUCCAGUCAGAGCUAGGCUCCAUAUAUCCCAUCGGUGCUCCAGUCCCGGUACUCGGCAUCGGCACUGUCAAGCUCACCGUCAAGGACCUCCCAGACGGCUUCACUACUUACAGUACUUCGACCAUCGAACUCCACAACGUCCUUUACGUCUCAAGCUAUUUCUGCAACGUCCUCGGCCGUCCACUUGCAAGCGUGUACCAAAUCAGCCUUGGUGGCUCAGUCCGCAAGGACGGCUCUGUGUCCAAAGGAGGCCUGGGGCUCCAAGGAAGACAGAUUGCGUACUUCAAGGACGGUCCCAUCAGUUUCCUCUCGCUCGCUGUUUUGCCUCCCAAGGGUAUGGCUUUCGGUCGGAGUGUUUUCGAGAGCGGAGCUUCGUAUAUGGCUAACUGUCACUGGCCCAACGAGGAGCGGAUGCGCUGGCAAGCUGUUCAGGAAAAAGCCGCACGGAGACAUGCGCCGCCGCUGCUUGAACCUCCGUAUACCUUUGUGGAGCUCGAGUACGUGAAUGAGCGCUGGGGAAGCGAGUUCCGGUUCCUCGCACAGUACAGAUUGAGCAUACGUGAAGAGAGGGACCGCAUCGAGGGAAGGCGGAUUGUCCGGGCGCUCAUGAGGGGGAAAGAUCCGGCUGACAGGGAGAAGGAGAUUGAGGUUGAGGGGAAGUUGGGUGACUACCUGCUACCAGAUCGCGGUAGGAGUGCGAUGUGUGCUCGGGACCCAUCGGCACCACGAGCACCGUUUCUGUGAGAUGGAAAUCGCAUUAGUGUGUUUGCAACGUUGCGAUCAGCUCUAGGCUCGCAAGACCGACAUAUAGGUCUUUAUUUGGCACCAGUACAUCCAUAGUAUCUGUGGUACGAGUAACAUAGACGCUUCCCAACACUUCAUUUACUUCCCAUGUGCUGCCACGAUAUGGUGUGUAGUCUUGCACAUUCGGUGCACCUGCUGUCGAACAUUGAAAGCGCUGCGGUGUUGAUGUCAGCAGAUAUUGCUCUAAUGUAG